AUGGGCAAACACUUCUGUUCAUUUUGUGCUUCCGUUCCCAACUUCUUCCAUAUGCUUGGAUUAAGAAUCAAUCCUUUUGCAUCCAAUACAGCGGGAGCACCUAACGCAUCGGCGACGAAUUCUGCACCUCUUUCUGCAGUCGAUACACAGCCUGUAGAAAAACCGCAACCGCAGCUGCAGCCAGAGCCAGAGCCAGAGGCACACAUACAACCUACUGCUGUCGGCAAAGUUGAAACCCCUCUGAUUGACGCGAUGCCGGCUCCCAUGACGAUGACCUCGUCAUUCAGCAGCCUAGAUGGCUUUUCUACUCCUCCAGGCUCUCCAAAGGCAUUAGCUCACGGGAAAGGUCGAUUCCAUGGGAUGGGUUCCCGAACAACCAGCGCUGCCUAUAGCUCGAUGAAUCAAGUUAUUCAUUCAAAUUCAAACAGCUACUACGAGUUUGGCUUCGUGCAAGAGACAGCUUCUUCAUUGAAGAAGAAAAGCAUUUCGCAGUUGGGUUCGGGUGUGUACCAGAGUGUGGCAGACACAUCCUUUGUUGGCUUUCUGGAGUGGAUCAAGACGGAGCGUCUCACCACACUUCCUCACAAAGGAAGCCGUUGGGAUCGUGUUCUCGUUCGCGCUCUGUACUUCUCAGAACAAUUACACCGUUUCGAUACUGCCAUUCAAAGCUUCGCUCUCAAUAGCAACGCCGCUGCAUCUAUAGGGUACAGCCAUGCCCGUCUUCUCCUCGAGCUUGAAUCCGAUAAUUCUGAAGCUUUGGAUCGCGCCUUUUCUGUCUUCUACCGGUUCUCUCUGUCUUUUUCCUCCAUCUUGCAUCAAUCCGAAAUAAUUGCAGCGACCUCAGAUGUGCGCGAGCAACUCUGUCUGAUGUAUGCUGAUCUUCUAUCGCUCGUUGUUGAUGUAGCGAUUACGUUCUAUAAAGCUGUCAAGGGUUUGACAACAUCUUCUGUCAGCAUCGAUAUCUUCGAGUCGUUUGGCGACACAAUUGAAGGUUUCCGAUCGCGUCAGAACAAGAUCGUUGAAAGUAUCUGGGCCUACCAGAUCGAGAGUGCGGGUAUUGAUGCCAACGAAGCUGUUGACGUGAAAACCCUUACUCGGUUCUUGUCUCCUCACGAUCGCGUGCUUACAUCCCUGAGCCAUGACCAUACGAUCUUUACCGACAAUCAAGCGGAGUUCACCUGUCUCUGGUUUCAGAAAACGCUCACUAAAUUUCUAAAUGGAAAGGAACAAUCGUUUCUCAUCACUGGCAAGCCUGGGAGUGGAAAGACCUCGUUGGCAGGGUCAAUUAUGGAGAGGCUCCAGCGUUCUGUCGGUCGUAAAACUUAUGAUACCGUUUUCUUUUCUAUUAGCGCUGCUAUUCCUUCCCAGGCUACUUCCCUUGCUUUGGUCAAAACUCUUCUCCUUCAACUACUCAAUCUCAGGGUUGGUAACGUGGCGUUGUACUACGCCCUCGCUUGGGCUCACAGCAAAUGUCGCGACGCUACUGAUAUCCAGCUAUACGAGAACUACCUUUGGAAAGCGUUUUCUGAAGCCCUCAAGCAACCGAGCGAGGGUGACAAGGACCUUAUUGUGGUUGUUGAUGGCCUCAAUGAGGUCACAGGGGAUGAAAAAGCACCAUCGGCGGUCCUCAAGAAGCUCUGUGACGUUGUUUUCGAAGCUGCUCGCGCUAGACUGAUUGUUUUUUCCACAUCUACGGUAGAAACCACCGCAAACGGAACACAUUAUGAGAUCACAGAGGAGGAUAUUCACGAGGAUAUCCACGCUGUUGCUCUUCGAGCAUUGAUUCGCAACAGCCAUUUCCAAGCUAAAGAUGGCCCUUCUCAAGAAGCUCUACUUGACCGUCUCAUCCACGCCGCAAAUGGGUCUUUCCUGUGGGCUAUCCUUGCCAUUGAGAUUCUUAAACUUGAUAAGACUAGUGAAGGUUUCAACAAAACCUUCGAAAUCCUGACUGCGUCACCUGGUCAAGUAUCGGAUCUGGUCCUAAAGCUGUUUACAGUUUUGGCUCCUUCCAAAGAAUCCAAGCAAUUGGUUUCGUGGUUGCUUUCUUCUGAACGUCCACUGACAGUCGAAGAGAUCCACUCCCUCUUUGCCAUAGAUUCCCAGAAGGGUAUCAUUGCCGACAAAGGUGUUGAUGUUGACACUGUGGUGCAUACCUUGCGUCCUUUCGUGGUCAUUCAGGACCACGUUGUGCGCUUCAAGCAUGUAUAUCUUCAGAAUGCUCUCCGGGACCUUGCAACACGCAACAAGAUCCAAAUUCCCAUCAAGGAUAGCCAUACUGAUAUACUCUUACGGAUCUUGACAUACAUUAAGAUCACCCUUCGAGAGAAGCGUGAACCUAGUAUUGAUCCUGAUAUCACCCUUGCGGAUCGUCUUUUCCAGCAACACCACUUCCUUGAGUACGUCGUCAGAUACUGGGUUAGCCAUUUCCGCCAGACGCCAUUGUUCCCCAAGUCUCCUGCUGAGUUCAAACCUACACCCGAGCUGCAGCGCGUCUUCCCCGACUCUGUGACGUUUGCGUUGUUGGAGCAGAUUUCCUGGGAUACCCAGCUCCCCAUUCCAUAUGCUCUGGAUAGACACAUUCUUGUGUCCCACGUCCGAAAGCAGAUCCUCACAGAGAAUCACUUGGCUGUUCUCCAGACCUACAUUUCUCUUGCUAAUUCCUACACUAUUCUCUCGAAUGUGGAAUCGGCUCAAACAUACUAUUUCAGCUCCGCCCAAAUCAGUCGCACUGUUCUAGGCGAUAUUCACCCACUGACCCUGGAUUCAGCGAAUCGAUUCCUCAAGAUCACCAAAAACAUUACGACGACUACGCGCGAUGAGGUAGCCACGCGUAAAGAGCAAAUACUCAUUUUGCUAAUCACUGCGUCUGAGAAGCAGUAUGGCAGUACUUCGGAAAUAGUAAUUCGCACGCGGAGAACGUUAGCGGAACUAUAUGAGUCAAUCAAGGAACAGGAACGCGCUAUUGAGAUUUAUCACUUGAUUGAGGAAAUUACUGUGAAGCACUACGGGAAGAAUUCCAGCCAAGCACAGGACAUUCAUGGCCGCCUUAAAGUCGUGAUCAGCAAAGGCAAGGAAGAGCGUGAUAUCCAGACUUACAAGGGCUCUUUCUUCAGCAGUACUGAUAACGAGGGGCUUGUCAUUGAUGUUUUCGACACCAAACAGAUUGCUAUCUGGCUCCACAAGGCUGAGGAGUAUCUCUCGUACAAGGAGUUUUUCCUCGCUGAGAAGACCUACGUGGAACUCUGGCAGCAGAUCUCUACCCGGUGCCGAACUGGUCAAUCGCUCGAGUGGCAUGAAAAGCAUCUUGAUGUAGCCACGGCAUACUCUCGUUUUUUGCAAACUCAGAAGCGCAGUUUCGAAGCCUCUGCAGUUUUGGUUUGUAUUUGGCAGCAAUACGGGAAGCAUCAACUUUCGUAUUCCGAGUCCAUUGUGACUCGUUUGACAAGUGUGGCCAAGGCCUUAAAGUCCACCGGCCACUACGCCGUUGCUCUAUCGAUUUUCAAGUUCGCAAGUUCCGUAUACAAGAGCGUCCGCAAGGAAGAGUCCAGUCAAUCAAUAGAUAUCAGCCGCGAGAUCACUGAGACUUCAAAGGAGCUCGUGCAGCAAAGUCUGAGCACCUCUACAACCCUUACGACGACGACAAGCACUGUGUCGGACUCAGUAUUCACAGACAUCUUCCAGUCGAUUAUCAGCUUCAACACCCUUGAUACCACGACAAUAAAAUUGGCCCAGAAGUUGACAGCACAGUAUAUUGAGCAGAGCAACUGGUCUGCAGCUGAAAGCGUCAUCAAGACCACUCUACAUAGGUCCUGGAAUAGCUUCUUCUCGGGCUCUAUUCACGAUGUUACUCUAACUUCCACCUUUCUUCAAGAAUCUGUCCAAUCGAUUGAAAGUCUAGCAGAGGUUUACAGACACCAGCGACGUAUGGACAAGGUUGAAGACGUAUAUGUUCGCUUCUUCCGGGCCGUCCUCUCAGCUCCCACCACCGAUAAAGCGAUCUUUGAGAGGGCCAAGACGCUCCUGGUGACUUUCUACGACAAGCGCGGAUACCCAGACAAUGCAAUUAGCGUCUACCAGGAUGUUCUUGUUGUUUACAAGACUGUAUACGGAGCAAGUCAUGCGAACACAAUCCAAGUUCUGUACACGCUUGGAUCCCGCUGCCGUGCGCAUCCCCGCAAUCACCCGUACUGGAUCGAUUACUACCAGCAAAUUGUCACAAGCCUGAACAAGGAUCUUGACUACUGCCAUCAAGAUGCUAUGGAGGCCAUAAUUGUCGUUGCUAACUCGUACUGGGAAGAUCGCCGGUAUGCUGAGGCUGUCACGGUCUUUGGUGUUAUCUGGAACACCUACAUCCGCAAGGCCAAAGAGUACAAGCAGUUCACCGAAGUGACGUUCGUGCAAACCCUUUAUGAGCGGUACUUCCAGUGCCUUGAAGAAACCGGUGUCAGCUGGAGCGUCCUGCACAAGACAACUAAGGAGUAUCGCGAGACCUCUUCUGCUAUCUUUGGGGCCGAAUCGAUAAUUGCCGCAGAAGCUACAUUGUCUCUAGCCCGUGUCACUCAGCGCAGUGAGGAACAUGCAUCUGAGGCUAUAUCAUUGUACGAGGAAGCUUCUCGAUUCAAAUCCGUCUCCACUUCCACCAGUUUCACCGAGAUCAAGCAACAGCUAUCCUUGCUGUAUGUGCGCCAAUUGAAGUCGAAAAUGUCCACCAGCAUGAAUUCAGACACGAUAAAGCGCGCCAUCAGCAUUCACGAAGAGCAGUACGUCGAGAUAACGCAAAAGUACGGCUACUCCCAUGAGUCAUCAUUGACCAGACUCCAAGAGCUGGUGAUAAUGUAUUCACGCCAGCAGAAGACAGAGGCAGCUGUCAAACGAAUUACCACGGCAGUCAGUUCUAUUAUUACGGAGGAAACAUCUUCGCAAAAACUGAUUGAGUCUGCUGCGUACAUUGCUGCAUCGUUUCAGUCUGUGCAACAGGAACAGUACUCUGCACAGCUCAUCCAAGAGCUCCAUCGACAACUGUGUGCUCGGGAUGCUCGCUUCGCCUCCAAGUGGUCGUUCGACUUAACCAAGUCCAACCGCAACACGUUGGCAUUCCUGGCUUCGCUCGAGUACAACCUCCGCAAGGAUCUCGCCGUCUCUUUCGCAGAGAUCAUGGCAGACCUAAUUGCAGAAUAUAUUUACUUCGAGCAAUUUACACUCACAUUGAAGAAAAAAGAGAGCAUGAAGAACAUCCUGAUCGCAGGCGCUCCUCUGCGGACAUUCCUCCUUCGCAAGAAGCUGACAGAUCUUGCUUAUUUUGUGGAGGAAGAAAUCGUCAACCUUUUCGUCAAGCGCGACGCCAAUGACCUUCAUGUCCUUCGCAAGGGGUCACCACGCCUCUUCAUCACAGCCAUCCUAGAGUACCUUGGCACCCACAAGGGCACCAAUUUCAACGAGGCCGUCAUUCUGGCAUCGAACGACCACGUCGCCAAGCUAACCCAGACCAAAAAAUUUGCAGAGGCUUACGAUGUUGCCAACCUCGCGUUCUUGUUCGCUAGCAACCACAAGGGUUACGACGGACCGAACUCUAUUGGCCAUGGCUUCAAGCUCGCCUCAAUACUCGUGGGGCGUGAAGGUGGAAAGGCGAAUGAGGAGGCGCUACGCAAGAAGAUGCUUGAGCUUUCGAACAAGAUUGUGCGAAAGAUCAUUGAUAUUAGCAAGAGCUUGAAAAUCAACUUUGCUCGGGUGCAGCUAUCAGAGCUAAGCCACCUUACCGCGCUCUUGGGCGAGCAGCAAGAUUACGCGACAUUGGAGUGGCUUCUUACAACACUGUGGCAAACUCGUGAUGCUCAACGCUCUUGGCCCGCUCAGGUGCUUGUUAACCUCGGCCGUCGUCUUGUAUGCGCACGUUAUCUCGCGGGACACCCGGUCAAAGCCAUCCGUCUUUGCGAAGACAUUGCUUACAACAUGCGCCGAGCUCAUGGGCCUCGGGCUCCAGUAACCGUCGAUACCUACGAGUUGCUUGCGGAAUUAUACACUAGCACUGGUCUAACGUACCAGGCGAAGGCGGAAACUGAGAAGACCGGUCAUCUUGCCAAGGAGUACUUCAAGAAAGCUCUUUUCGCGCACGAGGACAUUCUCCGCUUCCUUACCCAAGAGGACGGAGAGGAGGACUCAGAAGAUGAAGACACUGCCGCCACUCUACUUGCUGAGAACACUGGCAGCACAAAUGGCAGCGUCGAUGGCCGCUUUGCUGAGUCCCUGGACCAGAGUGCUUCUCAUGUCAACAGACCAGUUCUUGCGAUCCGCCACCUACAACUCCUGAAGCUUGCCUUCCAGCGUUUGGGAGGCUGGCCGAAGCAGUUAUCGGAGUAUGAAAGGUUGAACACCAAUCUCUCCAGGGAAUUUAGUGGACAUGAGGCUUGGAAGGGGACACAGGGAGUAGAGAAGUGGAGUGCGAGGGAAUUCGGUAACGGCAAGGCUGAGAAGCAGGAGGGAGUGUUUGAGGGAGUGAGUGAGUGGCAUCUUACGGCGGAAGGGAUGACGGGUGCUGUGCAGCAGAAUGGUAACGGGGUUGUGGUCGAUGGAGACGAUGAGCUGUGA